AUGAGCAAGAUCAACCGCCCUCCCAUGUCGCUCUCCAAGAUCGUUGCCACUGCUGCCAACAAGCACUCCGCUAAGGCUCACGAGGGCAAGACCAUCGUCUUGGUCGGCACCGUCACUGACGACAACCGUCUCCUUGAGCUCCCCAAGCUCUCGAUUGCCGCUCUCCGCUACACCAACACUGCCCGUGCCCGCAUUGUCGCCGCUGGUGGUGAGGCCUUGACCAUCGAUCAGUUGGCCAUGCGCGCCCCUACCGGUGCCAACACCCUCCUCCUCCGUGGCCCCAAGAACGCUCGUGAGGCCGUUAAGCACUUCGGCUUCGGUCCUCACUCUCACAAGGCACGUCAACUCCUCUUCUUGUUUCGCGAACAGCAAAAGCAACAUCACACAUUCUGGAUAUACACGUGUACUAACAACCUUUGCAGNAAGCCUUACGUUGAGAGCAAGGGUCGCAAGUUCGAGCGUGCCCGUGGUCGCAGACGCUCGAAGGGUUUCAAGGUGUAA